AGCACGCAGCACGCAGCACAGCCCACACUCUGGCUGGCAGUCCUUCCUUCCUCCCCCUGUCUGUCUAUGGAAAGGACGCAGGGCUUCUUCGCGGCGCUCAAGCAGGAGGUGGCGCGCGGGCUGUCGCCGGCGAGGGCGCGCCGGAGGUCCGCAGAGGCGGCCGACCUCGACGCCGCGCUCAGGUUCUCCGGCCCGGGGGCCGGCGGCGAGAUGCUGGCGCCGCUCAUGGAGGGGCCCGAUCCGGAGUCCGGCGACGGCGACGCCCGCGGCGCCGGCGGCGCCAGGAGGGAGGGCUGGGGCCGCUGGGUGCGCGGCCAGCUCGCGCGGACGCCGUCCUCGGUCGCCGCCGCCGCGGCCGGCGCCGGCGCCGCCCGCAACGACCUCCGCCUGCUCCUCGGCGUCAUGGGCGCGCCGCUCGCGCCCGUGCAUGUCUGCGCCGCCGAGCCGCUCCCCCACCUCAGCAUUAAGGACACCCCCAUCGAGACCUCGUCGGCGCAGUACAUUCUGCAGCAGUACCUGGCGGCCUCUGGUGGGCACAAGCUCCUCGCCUCCGUGCGAAACUCCUACGCCAUGGGCAAGGUGCGCAUGGUGGCCACUGAGUUUGAGAACGCGGGCCGCCUGGUCAAGAAUCGUAAUGCGGCUCGCUGCGCCGAGCCAGGCCGCUUCGUGCUCUGGCAGAUGGCUCCUGAGAAGUGGUACAUCGAGUUGGCUGUCGGUGGGAGCAAGGUGCAUGCUGGCUGCAAUGGCAAGCUUGUGUGGCGCCAUACCCCGUGGCUCGGCUCCCAUGCCGCCAAAGGCCCUGUUCGCCCCCUUCGCCGUGCCCUUCAGGGCUUGGAUCCACUGACUGCAGCAAGCAUGUUUGCCGGUGCACGGUGCAUUGGGGAGAGGAAGGUGAACGGGGAGGAUUGCUUCAUCCUGAAGCUGUGCACUGACCCUGAGACCCUCAAGGCACGGACAGAGGGCCUCGCCGAGAUCAUCAGGCAUGUCAUGUUCGGGUACUUCAGCCAGAGGACCGGCCUUCUUGUCCACAUCGAGGACUCGCAUCUCACGCGGAUUCAGUCAACAACCGGUGGGGAUGCGGUCUACUGGGAGACCACCAUCAACUCAUUCAUCGAGGACUACCGGCCGGUGGAUGGCAUCAUGAUUGCGCACUCUGGGCGCUCGGCGGUGACCCUGUUCCGUUUCGGCGAGGUGGCCAUGAGCCACACCAAGACUCGGAUGGAGGAGGCAUGGAGCAUCGAGGAGGUGGCGUUCAAUGUCCCUGGUCUGUCCAUGGAUUGUUUCAUCCCACCCACCGACAUCAAGUCUGGAUCUGUUAGUGAAACCGUGGAGCUCCCUCAUGGCGAGAAGAACAAGUUUGGUCCUCCCCAUGGCCAUCGCGCCAAAGUUGCCGCGCUGGAGAAGACGGAUGGCGACGAGCUAGCAUGGAGGGGAACUCGUACCUGAAAACCGCAAUUCGUUUUCAGCCCAAUUCAUACUUGCUUCUUUUCAUUGCAACUGACUGAUGAUGAGUAGUGUAGGAGAGAAACAGGUCGAGGGAGGAUUUCGCUUUUGGAAAUUCGAAAUGACCUCUGUGUACAGGAAGGAAGCAGCAUGAGGCAUUCACAAGGUCCUGACCUGAAUAUCCUUGAGGGAGGCCUCCUGUGAUGAAGAAUGGUUUCUAAUCUCUUCAAGUGGGAGCCCGUAGUAGGUAACCUUGUUUGCUAUUUCAGGCUUCUUUGUCAGUAUCAUGUGGUGCGUUCGUUCCCCGUUCCAGCUACCUGAGAAAGGCCAUCUUGGUGGCGCUGUUUGUUUACCUUUAGAAACAAACACUAAUUGGUCACUGGCAUCAAUCAAGGGAAGAAGGACCGAUUCCAACUGGAUGUUCAGCUUGGUAUACGCUUGGUGAAGCCAACCCUGUCAGACAAGUGUAACCUCUGUAACUGCCGUUGAUUUUCCUGAACCUUCCUUGGCAUCUCUCUCGUUUUUCCUGAGAUGAAGGUUGUUGUUGUAGUACUACUGCUCGUUAACAGAAGCUUUGCUUGUUUCCUUGUAAUCCAAAACAUCUAAUGAGUGAAGUGUCUUGUGA